AUGGGAAUCGCUCAAGCGUGCCAGCUUACCAAUAUCAAAAUCAACAUGCCGACCAACUCCAAAGGUCAUACUGGCAUUGCAUUGGACCAAGGUUCCACCACGGCUGUCACGGAUGUUACUAUCGUUGGAGGCGCCGUGGGUAUCCGCAAUUGGAAUCAGCAAGUCAAUUUCAAAUCCAUCUCCUUCUCAAAGUGCACUACACGGAUUUUCCUCACGGGCGGAUUCGUCGCAGUCAUUCAGAAUGCCACAUUCGACACCUGCGGCCUUGGUAUAGAUGGCGGUAGUGGGGGACCACCAGGCUCAAUUAUCAUCCUCGACUCAACAUCGAUGGAUUCGGGCCCGGUGAUCAAAUAUCAUGAUUCGUCCAACGAUAGUGGCGAUCGCAAUAACCAGAUCGUUAUUGAGAACCUGUCUCAUGACGGCGGCAACCCGAUUGCUGUAGAUUCAAACGGUGAUACGAAAUUAGGCAGCGACCAGACGGUGGCUCCGACCUCUUUCUCUACGGUGCGGCCUUCUGGACCUUCUUCCACGGCGAGGUCAGCACGUGCUACGACUGCGCCGCCACGAUCUGUGGAGCGGACUGCAUCACGAAUCAAGCGAGGGUGA